GGGCUGCGGAGCGGCGCCCUGCGGCUCGCGGCGGCCGCUGCCUGCGCUGAGGUGCGUCGGUGCCCGGCCUCCCGCGCCCCUGCGCGCCGCGGCGUCUUCUGACUCGGCCGGCUCGCCCGUCGGUCCGCAGCGCGGCUGAGGAACCUUGAACAUAACUUCAAAAGAAGAUUUGAUUUUUACUUCUGGACUGCAUAUAGAAGGCCAUCAGAAUGUCGGGAGCCUCUGUGAAGGUAGCCGUUCGAGUGAGGCCCUUCAAUUCCCGAGAGACCAGCAAGGAGUCCAAGUGCAUCAUUCAGAUGCAGGGCAACUCGACCAGUAUUAUCAACCCAAAGAACCCAAAGGAAGCACCAAAGUCCUUCAGCUUUGACUACUCUUACUGGUCUCACACCUCGCCUGAAGACCCCUGCUUUGCAUCUCAGAGCCGCGUGUACAAUGACAUUGGGAAGGAGAUGCUCUUGCAUGCCUUCGAAGGCUAUAAUGUCUGUAUCUUUGCCUAUGGGCAGACCGGUGCUGGGAAAUCCUACACGAUGAUGGGGAAACAAGAAGAGAGCCAGGCCGGGAUCAUCCCACAGUUGUGUGAAGAACUUUUUGAGAAGAUCAAUGACAACUGUAAUGAAGAUAUGUCUUACUCCGUGGAGGUGAGCUACAUGGAAAUUUACUGUGAGAGAGUACGAGAUUUGCUGAAUCCCAAAAACAAGGGUAAUUUGCGUGUGCGUGAACACCCACUUCUCGGACCCUAUGUGGAAGAUCUGUCCAAGCUGGCAGUCACUUCCUACACUGACAUUGCUGACCUCAUGGAUGCUGGGAACAAAGCCAGGACGGUGGCAGCUACCAACAUGAACGAGACGAGUAGCCGUUCCCACGCUGUGUUUACCAUUGUUUUUACCCAGAAGAAACAGGAUCCUGAGACGAACCUUUCUACUGAGAAGGUCAGUAAAAUCAGCCUGGUGGAUCUAGCAGGAAGUGAACGAGCUGAUUCAACUGGCGCCAAAGGAACUCGAUUAAAGGAAGGUGCAAAUAUUAACAAGUCUCUUACAACUUUGGGCAAAGUCAUUUCGGCCUUGGCAGAGGUGGAUAACUGCACAAGCAAGAGUAAAAAGAAGAAGAAAACUGAUUUUAUUCCUUACAGGGAUUCUGUUCUUACUUGGCUCCUUCGAGAAAAUCUAGGUGGCAACUCCCGAACUGCAAUGGUGGCUGCUCUGAGUCCCGCAGACAUCAACUAUGAUGAAACCUUGAGCACGCUGAGAUAUGCAGAUCGUGCAAAACAGAUUAAAUGCAACGCUGUUAUCAAUGAGGACCCGAAUGCCAAGCUGGUUCGGGAGCUGAAGGAGGAAGUGACCCGACUGAAGGACCUUCUCCGUGCUCAGGGGCUGGGGGACAUUAUCGAUAUUGAUCCAUUGAUGGAUGAUUACUCUGGAAGUGGAGGCAAAUAUCUGAAAGAUUUUCAGAACAAUAAGCAUAGGUACUUGCUAGCCUCUGAGAAUCAACGCCCUGGCAAUUUCUCCACAGCAUCCAUGGGGUCCCUCACUUCAUCCCCGUCUUCAUGCUCACUUAAUAGUCAGGCGGGCCUAACCUCUGUGACCAGUAUUCAAGAGAGGAUUAUGUCUACACCUGGAGGGGAGGAAGCCAUUGAACGUCUGAAGGAGUCAGAGAAGAUCAUUGCUGAGUUGAAUGAAACCUGGGAAGAGAAACUUCGUAAAACAGAGGCCAUCAGAAUGGAGAGAGAAGCCUUGUUGGCUGAGAUGGGAGUUGCCAUACGGGAAGAUGGGGGAACACUUGGCGUUUUCUCACCUAAAAAGACUCCACACCUUGUUAACCUCAAUGAAGACCCUCUAAUGUCGGAGUGUUUGCUUUAUUAUAUCAAGGACGGAAUUACAAGGGUUGGCCAAGCAGAUGCUGAGCGGCGCCAGGACAUCGUGCUGAGUGGGGCCCACAUUAAAGAAGAGCAUUGUAUCUUUCGGAGUGAGAGAAACAACACUGGCGAAGUUAUUGUGACCUUAGAGCCCUGUGAGCGCUCAGAAACCUAUGUGAAUGGCAAGAGGGUGGCCCAUCCUGUUCAGCUGCGCUCAGGGAACCGUAUCAUCAUGGGUAAAAAUCAUGUUUUCCGCUUUAACCACCCUGAGCAAGCUCGAGCAGAGCGGGAGAAGACUCCCUCUGCUGAGACCCCCUCUGAGCCUGUGGAUUGGACAUUUGCUCAGAGAGAACUUCUUGAAAAACAAGGGAUUGAUAUGAAACAGGAGAUGGAGAAAAGGCUUCAGGAAAUGGAGAUCCUUUACAAAAGGGAGAAGGAGGAAGCUGACCUUCUUCUGGAGCAGCAGAGGCUGGACUAUGAGAGUAAAUUGCAGGCCUUGCAGAAGCAGGUUGAGACUCGAUCUCUGGCUGCAGAGACAACGGAAGAGGAAGAGGAGGAGGAGGAAGUUCCUUGGACACAGCAUGAAUUUGAGUUGGCCCAGUGGGCGUUCCGGAAAUGGAAGUCUCACCAGUUUACUUCGUUAAGGGACUUACUCUGGGGCAAUGCGGUGUACCUGAAGGAAGCCAAUGCCAUCAGUGUGGAACUGAAGAAAAAGGUGCAGUUCCAGUUCGUUCUGCUGACUGACACACUAUACUCCCCUGUGCCUCCCGAACUGCUUCCCACGGAGAUGGGGAAAACUCACGAGGACAGGCCUUUCCCUCGGACAGUGGUGGCUGUGGAAGUCCAGGACCUGAAGAAUGGAGCAACACAUUAUUGGUCUUUGGAUAAGCUCAAGCAGAGACUGGAUCUAAUGCGAGAGAUGUAUGACAGGGCAGGUGAGGUGGGCUCCAAUGCCCAAGACGACAGCGAGACGACCAUGACAGGCAGCGACCCGUUUUACGAUCGGUUCCACUGGUUCAAACUUGUGGGAAGCUCCCCUAUUUUCCACGGCUGUGUGAAUGAGCGCCUUGCCGACCGCACACCCUCCCCCACUUUUUCCACGGCCGAUUCCGACAUCACUGAACUGGCUGACGAGCAGCAGGAUGCCAUGGAGGACUUUGAUGAUGAGGCCUUCGUGGAUGACACCGGCUCUGACGCAGGGACGGAGGAGGGAUCAGAGCUCUUCAGUGAUGGGCAUGACCCAUUUUACGACCGAUCCCCUUGGUUCAUUUUAGUAGGAAGGGCAUUUGUGUACUUGAGCAACCUGCUGUAUCCAGUGCCCCUGAUUCACAGGGUGGCCAUCGUCAGUGAGAAGGGGGAAGUGCGGGGCUUCCUUCGAGUGGCUGUGCAGGCCAUUGCAGCGGAUGAAGAAGCUCCUGAUUAUGGCUCUGGAAUUCGACAGUCAGGAACAGCUAAAAUAUCUUUUGAUAAUGAGUACUUUAAUCAGAGUGACUUCCCUUCAGCUGCAAUGACUCGUUCUGGUCUGUCCUUGGAGGAGCUGAGGAUUGUUGAGGGACAGGGCCAGAGUUCUGAAGUCAUCAGUCCUCCAGAAGAAGUCAAUCGAAUGAAUGACUUGGAUUUGAAGUCGGGCACUCUGCUGGACGGGAAGAUGGUGAUGGAAGGAUUUUCCGAAGAGAUUGGUAACCACCUGAAACUGGGCAGUGCGUUCACUUUCCGAGUCACUGUGCUCCAGGCCAGUGGCAUCCUGCCGGAGUAUGCAGACAUCUUUUGUCAGUUCAACUUUUUGCAUCGGCAUGACGAAGCGUUCUCCACUGAACCCCUGAAGAACAACGGAAGAGGAAGUCCCCUGGGCUUUUACCAUGUACAGAAUAUUGCAGUGGAGGUCACCGAGUCAUUUGUGGACUACAUCAAAACCAAACCCAUCGUGUUUGAGGUCUUCGGGCAUUACCAGCAGCACCCACUUCAUCUGCAAGGACAAGAGCUUAACAGUCCACCUCAGCCAUCUCGAAGAUUCUUCCCCCCACCCAUGCCACUCUCCAGACCAGUUCCAGCCACUAAGUUAAACACCAUGAACAAAACCAGCCUUGGGCAAAGCAUGAGCAAGUACGACCUUCUGGUUUGGUUUGAGAUCAGUGAACUGGAGCCUACUGGAGAGUAUAUUCCAGCUGUGGUUGACCAUACAGCAGGCUUGCCCUGCCAGGGGACAUUUUUGCUGCACCAGGGCAUCCAGCGACGGAUCACAGUGACUAUUAUCCAUGAGAAGGGCAGUGAGCUCCACUGGAAAGAUGUCCGUGAGCUGGUGGUAGGUCGGAUUAGGAAUAAACCUGAGGUGGAUGAAGCUGCAGUUGAUGCUAUCCUUUCCCUAAACAUCAUCUCUGCUAAGUCCCUCAAGUCUUCUCACAGCUCCAGCAGGCUCUUUCUUGAUAAGGAUAUUCCUAGGACCUUCUACCGCUUUGAGGCUGUAUGGGACAGCUCCCUACAUAACUCCCUCCUUCUGAACCGAGUGACACCCUAUGGAGAAAAGAUCUACAUGACCUUAUCUGCUUAUCUGGAGUUGGAUCAUUGCAUCCAGCCAGCCGUCAUCACUAAGGAUGUGUGCAUGGUCUUCUAUUCCCGAGAUGCCAAGAUCUCACCACCACGUUCUCUGAGAAACCUCUUUGGUAGUGGCUACUCAAAGUCACCAGACUCCAACCGAGUAACUGGAAUCUACGAGCUUAGCUUAUGCAAAAUGGCAGAUACUGGGAGCCCAGGCAUGCAGAGGCGGAGGAGAAAAGUCUUGGAUACCUCGGUGGCGUAUGUUCGGGGAGAGGAGAACCUCGCAGGCUGGCGACCUCGUGGAGACAGCCUCAUCCUGGAACACCAAUGGGAGCUGGAGAAGCUGGAGCUUCUGCAUGAGGUGGAAAAAACUCGCCACUUCUUGCUGCUUCGGGAGAGACUUGGUGACAGCAUACCCAAGUCUAUGAGUGACUCACUGUCCCCCAGCCUCAGCAGUGGAACCCUUAGCACCUCGACCAGCAUCUCUUCUCAGAUCUCAACCACUACCUUUGAAAGCGCCAUCACACCGAGCGAGAGCAGUGGCUACGACUCAGCAGACAUUGAAAGCCUGGUAGACCGAGAGAAAGAACUGGCUACAAAGUGCCUGCAGCUUCUCACCCACACUUUCAACCGAGAAUUCAGCCAGGUACAUGGCAGCAUCAGUGACUGUAAGUUGUCUGACAUCUCUCCGAUUGGACGCGACCCCUCGGUGUCCAGUUUCAGCAGUUCCACCCUCACGCCCUCCUCCACAUGCCCCUCCCUGGUGGACUCCAGGAGCAGCUCUAUGGAUCAGAAGACCCCAGAAGCCAACUCUCGUGCGUCUAGUCCCUGCCAGGAAUUUGAACAGUUUCAGAUCAUCCCAACUGUGGAGACACCCUAUUUGGCCCGAGCAGGAAAGAAUGAAUUUCUCAAUCUUGUUCCAGACAUUGAAGAAGUUAGAGCAGGCUCAGUGGUGUCUAAGAAAGGAUACCUGCAUUUCAAAGAGCCACUCUCCAGUAACUGGGCUAAACAUUUCGUUGUGGUUCGUCGCCCUUACGUCUUCAUCUAUAACAGUGACAAAGACCCAGUAGAGCGUGGCAUCAUUAACCUGUCCACAGCACAGGUGGAGUACAGCGAGGACCAGCAGGCCAUGCUGAAGACACCUAACACUUUUGCUGUGUGCACAAAGCACCGUGGGGUCCUUCUGCAAGCUCUCAAUGACAAAGACAUGAAUGACUGGUUAUACGCCUUUAACCCACUCCUGGCUGGCACAAUAAGGUCAAAACUCUCUCGCAGAUGCCCAAGCCAGCCAAAAUACUAAGCGACCCUCCUGAGCCUUGCUCACCUUCGACAGAUAAAGAAAGUGUUACCUCUCAUUCUCUUUGUGACUCUUGACGGUUAUUCUUGUAUGUAAUCCUGUGGCUUAACGACUUUCCCUCGUCAUCCUGCACUUCUCUAGUUCUCCUGCUCCCUAUCUCCAUGGCUCUGUCCUCUCUUCAUUCUUGUGCUGACUUGUAGCAUGUGGCCUAACAAAGGGGAACAAAUCCACUACACAUUCAUACACACUCACACUCACACACCCCGAGGGGUCCAGCAGGUCUCCAAAUGAUUUUCCUGCAUACUUCAGCUUCCUUUUGGACGAUAGGUCCCCUUCAUGGUCACUGUCCGGCUGUUGUCUCUGUACAACUCUGGUUUUCAGGGUAACUUCUCUGUCUCUCUUUCUUUUCCCCCUUUGUUUAUGAUAAUCUACUUUUUGCUGGGUGGCUGAGAGACUAAGGGAGGAGACAUUUGGUAUUUUUAGCCAGGAGAAAAAAAAAAAACACUUGCUUUUCUUUGUCUUUCUGUCUGUCUGUCUGUGUCUGCCUCUCUCUCUCUCUCUCUCUCUCUCUCUCUCUCUCUUUCUCUCUCUCUCUCUCUCUCUCUGUGUGUGUGUGUGUCUCUGUGUGUCUGUGUGUGUCUCCCCCCCACCCCUUCUAGUGGCUAAUUCCUGUGUUUCCAUUCAGGGAAAGCAUUGUGGGAAGCUCAGAAAUGGGAUUCAAAUUCUCUGUCUGAAUCAGGGCUCAGAACAUGGGUUUAUAGAGUGGAGAUACAGAGGGACCUUUGAGAUCAACCUAGAACAGCAGCUGCUGCUGGCCCUUGAAGGCUCAGGCUGCUGCAGGAGACUGGUCAGUUGCAAGGGUGAGAGUUACAGCUUCUCACAUCAGGGUCCUGCAAACUUGUCUCCCCACUGGGAAGGAGCCUUUUGUCUAGGAGUUUCCCAACCCUGCCUAUCCUCUGGCAUUACUGUUUGGAAUUAUGUGAUGUCAUGAGCAGAUUUCCCACAAGAGGGACUGGGGAGUGUUUGACUUUCUGGUGAUCGACUGGACCCUGUUGCUUUGAGAGUGCAGGAGUGAUUGUUGCAGCUCCCUUUGGUCAGAGACUUGUGGCUUCAGCGGAAACGUUGAAGUCUCCAUCUGAGCCCAGUGGCCAUUCACAGUAAUACUUGUCUCCAUAUAAGCAAACAUGGCGUUGUUUUCUGGAUGCCAGAACUGACCAGUACCUAUCACCUAACAAAUCAGAAGACAUUUAGGGUCAAAAAAGAUUGUCCCCAACUGCCCUGUACUUUGCUGUUGGAUCGUGACAUGCCCCUGCCCCCAUGUCCCUGUGUGGUUUGGAAAUACUCCCUUAGGAAGAAUUCACUGCUGCCAGUUUCUGUGGCUUCUAACAAGCCAGGUCUCUGGGUUCAAGAGGUCAUCAUAGAGAACAAGGCUCUUCCUCCACCUGCCAGUAAGUGUUGAGGACUGAGUGGGGCACAGAAUGCCCGCCGGAGUUACUUCAGUUGCUGUGCCAGUGACCUGGGGCCCAUUCACGCUGCCCUUUACUGGUCAGCAUCACUCACCCACCCAGGAAGGCAUCUGCUCACCUCCACUCGGGAAGGCUCCUGGCCAACCUGUUCAUCUCCACUGCAGAGUAGCCACUAGGGGGCGAGCGUGCAGACCCUUGCUUCAGACCUCAGCGGGCUUCUCUCUGAAGAACAGGACUCCCAGCUCCUUUUGUUACAGUUGCCUUGCAAAGAAAAGGAAAAGUGGACCAUGGAGAAAAGAAAGGGCAGAAGUCAGACUGUUCUUAUCUAAAAGAUGAUCACUCUGUUAGAUUUUUUAAAACUUUCUUUCUCUCCUUAAAGCAUAGGUUACUAACUGUAAUGUUACUUGUUCUCUAAGCAUAUAUAUAUAUGAGAUUUUAAUGUAGUUAGGAGUCUGUGUCUGAUGGACACAGCGUGUCCUUCUGGUGUAUGCUCAUUUGCAGGCUGUCUAUGCUGGUAGACAGUCUCCUGGACCAGAACCAAGUCUAUCAGGGAAACGAAGAGCAAAGGUCGCUUUUAAACUGAAUCACUGAUGUUGCUGCUGUUAGGAAGUUAGAUGGAAGGAUCCGUGUCUAUGACGCCUGAGGGAGGGUGACUUGUGUGACACACUAAACCCUGCGAUGGCUUGUGUUUUAACUCAAACAAAACUGGUUUAGAAAGUCUUUGCUUUGCAAAUAUCAAAUGUUAGCAUGAGCCAAACUGGACCGCUCCUCCAUCAGCUGCUCCCUGUAAGGAGGCCUCAUUAGGAAGCCAGGGAAAGUAAGGUUGGAGCAGUCACUGGGCCCUCCGUACUGUAAGGCCCACGAUUCGAUCAGAAUCUGAGCAUUUGGGGGCUUGAUGUUCUAGUUCCAUAAAGCUUCAAAGCUCUGAAGGAGAAAGGGUUUUAUGGCAGGACCUGAUCAUGAGAUGUUUGUGGUUGCUAUAGUAGCAGGAAAGUUACGACAACUAACCUUUAAGGAAACUAUUAAGAUAAUUUUUUUUUAAAUUUCAAAGCACUCAUUUAAACAAAAAACCUACAAGGAAAACAUAACAAAUUACAGAAAAGUGAGUGCUGAUUAAAACGAAUUAGCCUCCCCUUCCUUCACAUCUCUAUCCUCUUCCUCCCAAGCAGAUAAAGCCUCAUGACUGUCCCCGCCAGUGCUCAGGCCUUGCGGCUUCUGGGAGGCUACCCUGGGAGUCAGUCAGCUCUCAGGCCCAGACUGCAGGGGCCAGUCAGUCUCUGCACAAGGCUAGGCAGGAGCACGGGCCAGACUGCUUCUGAGCAGGCCCUGAACUCCAUCCAUAAAUGAGAAACUUGGUGAGGUGAGGCUGAAGGUUCCUCAACUAAGAAAACAUUAAUUUUUCCCUUCAGCUAUGUGGAAUUUGCAUAUCUAUUAAUUUUUCAAUUUUUUAAAAUUUUGGUUAGAUGAAGGAAUGAAUGAUUGUGAAAGGUGUUUGGGGUCUAAAAACAUGAUUUUUCCUGGUAUAUAUGUCAAAGCAUAGACUUUGUUAUCUGCUGCUUCCUGUCUAACUUACAGGGAUAUUUAAUUUUGUAAGGUAUUGUAUAUCUAUACAGCUGUAAUGAAUUGCACACUGGACUGAGAGGCAAAGUUCUGCCCUGUGUGGCUCCUGCUGGGACUCGUGCGCUUUCCUCUUGGGUGCUGUACGUUGGCUCUUCUGAACAAUACCAGGGGCACGUGGUCUGUUUAGUGUGCGUCUGUCACUCUUCAUUUGGGUUCCUUUUGGAAACUGUAGUCUUUAACUUGCUCUGUGAGGAGAAAGGAAUAAUUCUGUUGCUGCUCCUGGAAGGUCCGCCGAAUGCAUUUGAGCGAAACUGUGGCGCUGUGCACUGCAGCCAUCUGCCACAGCCUGUGCUCCACCAUGAGUAAGACCACAGCCAUGGAGCAAGGCAGAGUCGUCAGCUGGGGGACUGCUGCUGUCACUGUUCAAAAGGCCAUUUAUGAGCUCAAAAAAAAUAAAUCUUAAGAGCGCCCCUAAUUACUUAAAAAUGGAAAUUUAAGAAAUGUCUUUAAGACUUGAUACAGAGCUGGUGUUAAAUUCUCACAGCAGAGGUUAGGGGGUUGCUCAACGGUAGAGCACUUGGCAGUUCUAUGUGAUGCCUUCGGUUCAGUCACAGUCCUGCAGAUCAGAGAGCCUCACGGUAGACGGCCGCUCAGACAGACAGUCAGGCAGAGGCAGGUGCCAACCCUGGAUGUUGUCCGUCCAUUGUCAUGUCGUCAGUUGACCCUUCUCAUGCUGUCUAUUCAGGCAUCAGCUCACCUGAGGGAUCCACCAGCUUCCUCACGUCUAAGCAUUGUCGUAGACUUUGUGGCUCUGACAUACUUGUCUGUUGAGAGUCCAGUCUCUCGUCAUCCUCCCCAUGCUAUAACAGAAUCCAUGAAGCAUAAGUGGCCUUUUUGAACCAAGACUUUGCAAACUGAUCUCUCCCCAGGGAAGGAGUUGAGCACAAGCAACAAUGUACAUUAUUAAUUCUGGAUUCACUCUCAUGUUUUAUUUUGUAAAUAUUAAUGUUUGGAGCUUGAGUAUACAAAAUGUAAAUACAGUUCUUGUAUUUGUACUAACCCUGAUUCUUUUGCUGUAUAGCCCUGGAUGUGUAAUGCAGACAUUAUCUAACUGUGUGUGGUAACCUUGCAUCACAGAACUGCUAGUGAACGAGGUAAAAAUAAUAAAGGUACAACCAGUGCAUCGCA